UUAUUACAGUGCUUGACUCCUGAGGAACCUCCACAGUGAUUGUUACCUGACAGGAGCACAUACACUAUAAGCAUGGCGUCAUGGAUUAGCGGGGAUGCCAGCCACAUUCGUAUAAACUCGACACACUCCUGUCAGCUCCAGGCACCGAGUGGAUUACCAGCUCCUCACCUGGUAUAUUCGCCAUGCAUCCCCAAUAUUACGAAAACACGCUCAACCCAAUUGCCAUCAAUGAAGCCAGUCUUCAAACGACACUGAGAGAGCUCCAGGUUGCCGUUCAGCGGGGUGCCUUACUAGUCCACAAGGGCUCCCCCCCUCCUACUGAGUGGGGAAGCGGCGGUCAUUACGUGGGACACCCAGGAAUCGCUAUUGCUUUCCUCCGACUCGCUCGCCAAGCCUCGUCUCUCUCAAACGACAAUGACCAGCCCCCCGAUUUCCGCAAGCUGGUGGACGAACACAUUGUCCCUGAUGGGCCAGAUGCUCCCAUAUUGCCGGCACGACUGUCUCCCGUGGGCUCGGCGCCCGUAGCUGCGGUUGUGACGCGCAUCUUGACUGCCGGGACGUUCGGCGGUGCAGUGUCGGAUAGCGAUAUCAGCUGUCUCCGGAAAGCGGUUGAGAUUGCGCUCGGAAACCCGCCCCUUCUUCCUCACUCUGGCCGGCGUAUGGGGGGUGACGAGCUGUUGUAUGGUCGAGGCGGCUUGCUGUGGGCGGUUCUGAAUAUUCGCGUCCUCCGCUUCGAUCGGGAAACCACGAAGGCGCUGCAGCCGGUUUUCGAUGCCAUUCCUCGAUUUGUUGACGUCGUCGUUCAAGCUGGGAAAGAAGGCCGCAAGGACUAUGUGCAAAGGCAUGGAGAAAAGGACGCGCUGCCGUUGAUGUGGGCAUGGAUGGAAGAUCAUUAUGGCCUUGGAUCUGUACACGGAAUGGCCGGAAUCCUGGCCGUCCUCCUAGCCUGCAAGCCCGAGGAACUCGACGAUGGCGUCCCCCGCAAUCAUCUCCCCCUAAUAGCCGGUACCAUUGCCGGCCUUUGCAAGAUAUGCAUCGCCAACAACGGCCAUCUUCCCACGUCGAUCCCCCUCUUCAGCUCCUCUUCCCAUCGCAAAUCUCCUCUCGUCCAGAUAUGCCACGGCAGCCCCGGCCUAGUCCAUCUCAUGGCCUGCGCCAGGAGGAAUGCCCCCCUCGUAUCCAACUACUGGGAUCCCAGCUGGGACGAAGCCAUCUACCUAGCCAGCGAGCGCAUCUGGGAGGAAGGACUUCUCUACAAGGGCGGCGGUCUCUGCCACGGCUUUGUGGGAAAUGCGUUAACCCUGCUGUACAUGUAUGAGAGUUACGAGUACGACCAGGAUCUGAUGGAGAAAGCGAGAACAAACUACGUCGAUCGCACUAAAACAGCCAUUGAUAAUAGCCAACACACCCGCCUCACUAGUGACUACUUGUUGUCGAGGGCGUUGGCGUUUCUCCUACAUGGACGGCAGUCGCCGCCGUACGAUGCUGCGAGCCAUGUCUAUCGCGUGCCGGAUCGUCCGUUUUCGCUUGCGGAGGGGCUGUCGGGGACUGUGUGUGCGUGGGCCGAAGCUUGCGUGGCUGUUCAGGCGAAAUUGAGGAAACUGGAGCUUGAGAAAGAGGGGAGGGCGGUUGCUUUCCAGGAUGAUGCUGUCUUUCAAUCUUUGACGGCGAGCAUGCUGGGAUUUCCCACUUUGGCUUAUUACAAACCUACUGGUGCGGUCUAGUGCCUCGCAUACUUGAACUCUUUACAAAUAUAUUGGCGGGGUAUAUAUACA